AUGUCAUCAGAAUAUAAACCAUUUUUACUAGACGAGAAAAGAUCAGAAAAUGAAGAGUCUGAGAAUUGGCCAGCUAUAUCAGACUUGAAGAUUCAGUAUGUUCCGGUCGCUCCUCCCGAUCUUCCAUCAUCACCUUACGCUGGACCACCAAGUGACUCGGUAGACCAAGCAUGGCAUAAUCUAUUGAAAGAUAUGAACAUACGGGUAACAGCUGAGGAACUAGAAAAAAGCAAUCAAAAGUCCAUAGCUCUACCCGAAGGUGGUGGAUAUAUGGCUUGGAUUGGAGCUCACCAUCAAUUGCAUUGCAUUGCAAGUCUUGUCUCAAUCAUGACUUAG